AUGAGAACCUCUCCCACACUUAUUUCAGUUCCUGAAGCCAACUGCAGCCUCACAGCCAUUGGGCUGUACUUGGAUGUGUAUUUCAGGUUGGCCAGGUUGACUGCCAUCAGGUCAGGUGAAACUGCCUUCUACAGUCUGAUCUGCCAGCUUCAGACAUAUGCUAUGUCAUUGUUGUUGGCUAGAAUAUUUAUUGGACUAUUGUUGGACUAUUUUUUAUCAAAUAUUUUAUCCCAGGCUUGUUUGCCCUGGGAGCUCUGGACCAAUAGUGUCUCUCCUAGUGACAGAAACCUGAGCAUCUGCGGAUUACACAGCCUCAUCCCUCUAAAAUAUCCCAGCCCAUCCAAAAAUGCUAUAUUAUGA